AUGCCUUCGACACCUCCGUACAGACCACCCGAGCGCCCCGAAUCUCCCACGCAUGACUCCGACUCCGACCUAGAUCUCGACGUCCACGAGCUGGACCCCAUCUCAACGGAGAACAUCAGAGGAUCAAAUCGAGACCAACCUUCCGGCUCAUCUGAAUCAAAGCCGUCAAGAAUAGCUCUCCGGAACUUGCGUAUGGGAGGUUUGCGACGUGCUAACAAACGCGGCGGCCGCGGAUAUGGCGAGCUCGGCCAGAAUCGAGAUGACUUCGACGAACAUACUCGUAGACUGCUAGACGAGCAUGAUGGAGCUGGAGGCAGCCAUGACGAUGAUGAUGCUCCUCUCCUUGGCGGCCAUCAGAUGUCUCACAGUCGGCGGCUGUCCAUGUCAAGCAUACGGCUCCCCAGCUUCUUGUCUGGAAACAAGCCCCCCCAACAUGGAGACGAUGAUGCUGUAGAUGAGCAAGAUGAUGAUGAUCCUUCGGCUUCAAGACAUGUCGCCGUUGGAUCUAUUCAGUCAACCCGAUUCCCGGCCAAUGUCGUUUCCAAUGCUAAAUAUACAGCGCUGACUUUUCUUCCCGUUACCCUGUAUAAUGAGUUUUCUUUCUUCUUUAACAUGUACUUUCUUCUAGUCGCCUUGUCGCAAGCAAUACCUGCUCUUCGAAUUGGUUAUUUGUCCACCUAUAUAGCGCCGCUUGCUUUCGUUCUUUGCAUCACCAUGGGGAAGGAGGCGUACGACGACAUUGAGAGGCGGCGGAGAGACAAUGAGGCCAACUCCGAAGAAUACCGAGUGCUGACGUUUUCUGAUCCCGAGCUACGACUUGCAUCAAGUAAACCACCCCGUCGACCGCUCAAAUCUGAUCUAUUGAACAAGAGGGGGGCAAGAAGGCAGAGGGGAUCUCGGCACGACUUAACCGAUAUUCAGGAGGAAGAUAACACCCACCACCCUUCGUCUUUCGUUCAAGAAGAGAUGCGCAAAUCCAAAGAUCUGAAAGUUGGCGACGUUCUCAAACUCAGCAAAGGACAACGGGUGCCGGCCGAUGUGGUCAUAUUACAAUGCUACAAUGUGGAGGGACCUACCUCAUCAACCCCUACCAAGGAGCCAUCGGAAGAGGAGACCCUCUUUGCUUUUAGCGAAAAUGAGCCCGAUGGAAAGGGAAAAGAGCCAGAAAUAGAGAUACAGAAGGAUGAGGGCGAUGCCGGUGGAGGCUCUGGAGAGACCUUUAUUAGAACCGACCAACUCGAUGGUGAGACAGACUGGAAGCUGAGGCUGGCCUCGGCUCUGACGCAGAGUAUCGCCCCCGAGGAGUUUGUGCGAUUGAGAGUUAUAGGGGGGAAGCCUGACAAGAAGGUCGGCGAGUUUGUGGGCACUGUUGAACUGUUCCCUACGAGACAAGAUGCGACGAGCCACCACUCGAUGUUGAAGCAUGACGGUAAUUCGAAGUCGGCACCUCUAUCAAUUGAUAAUACGGCUUGGGCCAACACAAUCAUUGCCUCUCAAGGAACCACCCUGGCAGUGAUCUUGUAUACUGGGCCACAGACAAGGUCUGCGUUGUCGACGUCCCCGUCUCGAUCCAAGACUGGUCUUCUCGAAUACGAAAUCAAUUCACUUACCAAGAUCUUGUGCGCUCUCACCUUGGCAUUGUCGGUGGUUCUUGUUGCUCUGGAAGGGUUUGAAAAUACAACAGGCAACGUGUGGUACAUCAAAAUCAUGCGCUUUCUGGUUUUGUUCUCAACCAUUGUUCCUAUUAGUUUGCGGGUCAACCUCGACAUGGGCAAGAGCGCGUAUUCAAGGUUCAUUCAACGCGAUCCGGGAAUUCCAGGCGCUGUUGUACGAACCAGCACCAUACCCGAGGACCUGGGAAGAAUUGAGUAUUUGCUUAGCGACAAAACAGGCACUUUGACGCAGAACGACAUGGAGAUGAAGAAAGUCCACGUCGGGACUGUGUCUUAUGCUAAUGAGGCAAUGGAUGAGGUCAAAUCAUACGUUCGUCAAGGAUUCCACAUUCAGCCUACAACAGACCCAUCGUCACGGACUGUCCUCAUUACGCCAUCCUCAACCUUCUCGAGUACCGUCAAUGUGGGCGCUACUCGCACACGACGUGAGAUUGGAGCACGCGUGCGGGACGUGGUUCUCGCUCUGGCCCUGUGCCACAAUGUCACUCCUACCGUUGAUAUUGAGGAUGACAAAGAAAUCACAUCGUACCAGGCAUCAUCACCCGAUGAGAUCGCCAUUGUCAAAUGGACAGAGUCGGUCGGACUGAAGUUGGCAUACCGCGACAGAAAGGGCAUGACGCUUGAAUCAACAGAAACAGGACGACCAGUGGUCCGUGUUCGUAUUCUCGAUGUGUUCCCAUUUACAUCUGAUGGCAAGCGCAUGGGCAUUAUUGUCCACUUCCACGACGACGUGAAGAAUGUUAAUCUAAGCCUGAGCUCUGGGGAGAUUUGGUUCUAUCAAAAGGGCGCUGAUACAGUCAUGGGCACGAUAGUCGCCGCCAACGAUUGGCUGGAUGAGGAGACGGCCAAUAUGGCUAGAGAGGGACUGCGAACACUGGUUGUUGGUCGGAAGAAGCUGUCGUACCAGCAGUAUCAAGAGUUCUCAUCCAAGUACCAAGAGGCUUCCAUGUCCAUUGCAAAUCGCGAUGCUGGCAUUCAACGCGUCAUAUCGCACCACCUCGAAAAUCAUCUCGAACUGCUCGGUGUCACUGGUGUGGAGGACAAGUUACAAAAAGAUGUCAAGCCGUCACUAGAGCUUCUUCGCAAUGCUGGUAUCAAAAUUUGGAUGUUGACAGGAGACAAGGUAGAAACAGCUCGUUGUGUGGCCGUUAGCUCCAAGCUGGUUGCACGCGGCCAGUACAUCUACACCGUCGCUAAACUCAAGCGCAAGGACGGCGCUCAGGAACAUCUCGAUUUCCUGCGUGGCAAAACAGACGCAUGUCUCCUCAUUGAUGGCGAAAGUCUUCAGCUCCUGCUGACUCAUUUCCGAAUCGAAUUCAUUUCCGUUGCCGUGCAGCUUCCCACUGUGGUAGCAUGUCGAUGCUCGCCCACACAAAAAGCUGAGGUUGCUAAGCUCAUCAAGGAAUACACCAAGAAGAGAGUCUGUUGCAUCGGAGACGGAGGCAACGACGUGUCGAUGAUUCAAGCAGCAGACGUGGGUGUUGGUAUUGUCGGCAAGGAGGGUCGCCAGGCGAGUUUGGCUGCCGACUUCUCAAUUGGACAAUUUUAUCAUUUGGUCAAGCUACUCGUGUGGCAUGGGCGGAACAGUUAUAAAAGGAGUGCUAAGCUGGCGCAGUUUGUUAUCCAUCGUGGUCUGAUUAUAGCGGUGUGUCAGACCAUGUACAGUAUUGCCAGGAAAUUUGAACCCGAAGGCUUAUACAAGGACUGGCUCCUCGUUGGCUAUGCAACCAUCUACACCGCUGCUCCGGUUCUGUCCCUUGUCCUUGACAAGGAUGUCGACGAAAACUUGGCCAACCUAUACCCGGAACUGUACAAGGAACUCACCGAGGGUCGGUCCCUCUCAUACCGCACCUUUUUCGUAUGGGUCUUCGUGUCCAUCUACCAAGGCGGUAUGAUCCAGGGCUUGUCGCAGAUUCUGACCGAAGUAGACGGGCCGAAGAUGGUAGCUGUGAGUUAUACUGUGCUGGUGUUGAAUGAGCUCAUUAUGGUUGCCAUUGAGAUCACCACGUGGCAUCCGGUCAUGAUCUUGAGUAUUCUGGGUACUUUUUUGGUAUUUGUUGGCAGUAUCCCGUUCUUGGGAGGAUACUUUGAUCUCAGUUUCGUCAUUACUUGGUACGUUCCGUUAAGCUCACUUCGCCAACUCCGUAUGCCUGGGUUGCUAAUGUGA